AUGUGGGGUGAAAGGCGUAAUGGAAACUGGAGGGGGAUGCUUGGAGACGUGUACAGGGGAGAAAAAAAUCUCACAAUCAACACGAUCUUCGUCUCCUUUCCUCGAGCUGCUGCCUUUGAUAUCUCCAUCCCGUUUAAAUACGAAGGAAUUGCGUUCGUUAUUGCGGUUCCUCAACCUCUUCCCCCGUGGCAGAGUGUCAUCUACCCUUUCACUAGAACGAUGUGGGCGGUCAUAAGUGGAUUCCUGGUCAUAGCCUCCUUCACCUACUGCCUUUUGGGUUCAUUCGUGGGAGAAGUGUCUCCUUUUAGAAACUUUUUAACCAUUGCACAGGCACUAGUGAAUCAGGCUAACGACGACGUCCCUUCUUCUUGGACCUUAAGAUUGUUCCUGAUGUCCUGGUGGUUCACUGCUUACAUCAUCGCCAUAUCCUACACGUGCAACCUCAUAGCUUUCCUCACUAUCCCAAAAUAUCCCGUUAAACUUCAAACUACUCAAGAAUUGGCCGAUAGUUACCACAGGGUGUGUAUGCUGAACUAUGGUAAUGAAACAGUGGAAGCCCUCAUACUGUCCCACAACCUAGCACUCACUACUAUAGCCAAAAAGAUAGAUAUGGUGCCGCUCAUACAGACACUCCCAUACACCAAUGCUCUAGAGUGCCUUGAGCUCGUCGCUGCAGGCACCCACGCCAUGCUCGAAGGAGAUUCAUACGUGACCAACAUAGUACAGGAUGCAGGCUACGCUGACCGCACGUAUUUCCUCAAGGAGAGGAUCCAUGAAGGCUCCACGCCCUUUUACUUCCGCAAGAACACGCCUUGGAAAUACAAGUUUGACGAAGGCAUGUCUCGUCUAGUAAGUUCAGGCUGCAUCGGCAAAUGGAAGGAAGACAUCAACCUGGCUCUGAAAAGAACGCGGUACGAGAAGAAAUCCGAAGGCCAGCAAACUCUUAAAGUUGAACACCUCCAGGGGACUUUCCUUGUCCUUGCCUUGGGUUGGGGCUUGGCGCUGGUUACUUUCCUGGUGGAGCGACACGUCAUUGUAGAGAUAAAAGAAAAGAAAAUUAGGUCACUGCACAUCAGAGAUUCUUAUUCCCUCAACUACCCUUCAUAUUUGACAACCUUCCGCAAGGAGAAUGAAUAUUCGGAACACUGUGAGAGCACCAUAGAAUAUUAUUCUGGAUAA